UCCUGAAAACUUAGUAUUAGACUAUUUAUUUCAAAUUCAAAGUUUUAACCUACAAACCUUCAUCAAAGUCAGUACACAAGGAAUGUUCUCUGUGUUUAGUCUCUUGGUAUUCAUGAUCUAUUUUAAUGCCAUUAAAAUGAUUCAUGAGAAAUUGUUGAUUGGUGGAAAAAUGAGAAAUUGAUGAUUGGUGGAAAUAUUGACAAAUUCCCCCCAAAAAACCUAAACCCCGUGAAAAAAACACCCUAUCGGGAAAUAAAUAUUUAAUUUCGGUGAUAUUUUAAUUAGAAAUUGACGUAGGUGUUCGUUAGUUGUCGCCGCCUAGCGGUGAUUGUUGGUUUACCACUCUAUGAUUCUCUGGUUUUGUUUUGGUUUGGUUUGAUUAGGUGCGUCUGCUAUCUGUGAUUCUCUGGUGAUUCUCUGGAUUCUGUUUGUUUCUAAAAACCAUAGUUUACAAUUCUUAGCGCUAGGUGGAGACAACCAACGAACACCUCUCCCGUCCCCUCAAAAUUUAACCGCAAAUAUCUUUUAAUUUAAUAUCUUCACAAGAAAGGUGCUUUGGAGACUUAGAAUAGCUUUUUUAAUCUCUAUCGAUUGACCCUUCUUAAAAAAAUAUGAUUAAAAAUACACCCGACAAGCUAUAACACGGCGGGAUAGGACGUGAGUCCCGUCCUCUAGCUUUAGUAGUCCAUGGUGGAUACAACAGGCCUUAACCAUAGAGUAGGCCAUGGGGUAACUAGGCUACUACUACUAUAAAAAUGUUGGCUGUUAGAUCUUUCAAUAGACUUAUUUAUUUCAAAAGGACACAAAUUGGAAUCCAAAAUGAACAACUGAGGACUGUUAUGCAAUCUUGUUGCAGUAGAUCCACUAAGCAACCAGAAAAUCCUGAUAUGCCUUUGUCAUUUUCCAACUCAAACGCUGCCAAAUGGUCAGCACAACAAUCAUUUAGUGGUGGAGGAAAUACUGGUGAAUCUCCAUGGUAUGAGCCAUUUGUGAUUUCAGCUAGUGUUACUGCCAUACUAGUGUGGUUUUGUGUCCUGAGAGAAGAAAAUGAUGUUGAUGAUAAACUUGGAAAAAGUUUAUAUGACAGAGUUGAUGGUUUGGAGAAGAAACAAUUGGAAUUGGCUUUGAAGCACAAUAUCCAAGGAGUGGAUACAGUAGCCAUUAAGAAGAGACUAGAUGAAUUGUCAACAAAUAGUUGAAUUUCCUAUCUGUAAACAUAAUUUAAUUGAAGUUGAAAUACAUUAAGUAAAAACCA